AUGAAAAUCGACUACAGACAUGGCGUCUCCAUCUUGGAGCUUAUCGCCUUCAUUCCCUCCCUCUUCAUGUCCAUUCUGCUGGCCUGGCGCCAUGGAUUUGGCCGCACCGCUGGCUGGUAUUUCUUCAUUCUGUUCUCUCUUCUGAGAAUAAUCGGAAAUGGCUGCUAUUUGGCGACCCUCAACGAUCCCGAGAACAGGAGCCUGUACAUUGCGUGGGCCGUCUGCAGCUCAAUUGGAAUGUCUCCUCUGCUAUUCGGUCUGUUGUAUAAUCUGUCGCGAGUAAACGACUCUAUCCAGAGACAAACCGGCAAGGCAUUCUGGCCUCAGAUCUUCCGUAUCUUCGGAUUCAUCACCCUGCUUGCCAUCAUCCUGAACAUCGUUGGCAUCACAGGUGGCUCCAACCUGACCAGCGGCACCACCAGCGUCGAAACUAAAGUCGCGACUAUUCUCUACCUCGUAUCAUGGGUCGGUCUCGUCGGUCUAAUCGUCAUGGUCGGGUCGCGCUACAGCGGCAUUGAAGCAGGCGAGCACCGCCUGCUAUGGGCCAUCGUGAUCUGCACCCCGAUCUUGGUGAUUCGUCUAGCCUACUCCUUUAUCUCUACCUUUGGACACAAUCGCCAUUUCAACAUGGUUGAUGGCAACGAGACCAUCCUGCUGGUCAUGGUUGUGAUCGAGGAAAUCAUUAUUGUCUACGUCAUGCUCCUGACAGGAUUGACUUUGGAUACCAGAGACAAGGCUGCCUACGGGCCUGCCGCGUCGGUAGAAGCUGGAGACACUGCCUAUGAACCUUACGGCUCCCAAGGCGAGGGUUAUUCAUCUGGUGGUCAGCCACGAAAGCCGAAGCGUCCAAUCCGCGGCGGCCCAAUCCACAUGUUGGCUGCUUAUACUAUGAAUAAGAUGGAUGAGCGUCGUGAGAAAUCAUAA